GAAUUUUUAUAAUAAGAAACGAAAUUAUAGACGAAUUCAAAAUAAAUGGAACUAUUUUAUGUUAAUUAUUAAUUUCCAACUCGAUUAGAGACUGACAGCACAUUUGUCAACCGCGCAGGCGAAUUCGACCAAUGGCACAGUAGGUGGACGAUACAGAGUGGGGAACAGCUGACAGCCUAAACACAAACAGACAUCUUGAAAAUACGGUCGGCGGUUCGUUAAAAUGUUGUGUAGAAGUCUAAUAUGACAGGAAGAAUAAAUUUGAGUGUUUUCCGUCAAUUUUUAAUUUAUUAACGUUGUUUUUUAUUAUGUGUUUUGGUGUAAUCAUUCAAGAUUUCAGGUGCAAUUUCGAUUGUGACGUCAUGUGAUAUAUUCAUGGGUAUUAGAUAUAAAGGUGCCAAUCACAUGUGAUUUUGGAAAAUUUUCCACGUUCACGUCAGAAUCGAACGAAACUAAAACUUAAAACAAUGAGCUACUUAUCAAUACAAAAUAAUAAUUUCAAUAAUAUCAAUCAGCAUGAAUCGUACCUGACAACAAAUAACACCAACAACAUUCACAUGGCCGACGAUACACGAAUGGACGAAUCAACCUCAGACAACAACAAUCAAGUCAACGACGACGGCAAAAAUGUUAACGAGGUGUGGAGCAAAUACAACUUCAAACCCAACAAAAUACCGGUCGAACAGACCGACUAUUCGAAAAUGAGUUGGGGUUCGAAUGUCACCUAUGCACCGGAAGUGCCGGUGAAACAAGAGCAGCCUGAUGAAGCGAUGGCGCCGCGUACGGAACCGUACGAGGAAGAGCACGCCGAAGAGGAACGGAACGCGAAGAAGACGGGCGAGAAAGACGAUUCGCCGUCUCAUCAUGCGCGACGCCCCAUGAACGCGUUCUUGAUAUUCUGCAAAAAGCACAGGCCGGUGGUCAGGGUCAAAUACCCCAAUCUGGAGAACAGGGGCGUCACCAAGAUAUUGGGGGAGUGGUGGGCGCAGCUGGACAACAACGAGAAACAACCCUAUACAGAUCUCGCUAAAAAGUACAAAGAUGCAUUUUUACACGCCAACCCAAACUUCAAAUGGUACAAACUACCGGCUCCUCCACUCCGCACAUUAUCGACGAGGCCGUUACAGCAGAAGACGUCGACGCCCCAUUACAGUCCCUCCAUCGUCGAUACGCCGACGAGUAACCACAAUCACCAACAGCUCACGCCAUCGCUCUCCACGUCGGAGUUCACUCCGGGCAAGUUGGCCGACGAAUCCCAACUCGGCAGCCUAACAUCUCUUAUGAACAACAACUAUUCUACCUCCAAAGAGAAUUCCGAUUGUUUCGAUAAUAAAGAGGACAACAAUAACGAGUCUGUAGGUUACGAGGAUGCCAACACUAGUCCCACUGUAUUUACGGAACCCGUUACACCAAUGAAACCUGUAAAGAAGGAAAAUAAUUGCGAAAGUCAAAAUGUUGAGUGUGUUAAACGCAAUAUACUGGAUGGCAGCAGUGCCGGAAUGGACGAUUUGACACACCAAGAUCUAGUCAACCAAGUCGUUGAUAGCUGUUUCAUAAAACAAGAAGACGACGAGUCUAGUUUGAACGGAGUCAGAAAGUCGGACAGGUCGUGCAAGGGCAAACGCUACGAGAAGUUCAUGGUCGAGAACAAAUUGUACGGCCACAAAAAGGAACCGAAACUCACCCAGCAGAGAUCCAAGUACGAAACCAGAAUGGAACUUAACCAAACCUGCGACACACCAAAGAUGGACUUGCAUAACACCAUAAGACGUCUCGCCGAACGCACCAACGUCAAAGUGGAAAUCCACGACGAACCCAAGCCCGACAAGAUUACGUUGGAUGUGAAACGCGAACGCACAAUUUCCGAAAACUCCGACGCAGAUAGAACGGCCACCAACGACUUCAACUUAGACUUAAAAAUAUCGAGGCUUCCGUCGCUCAGCUACGACACGUUCAUAGCCCGCAAACGAGAGAACAAGAAGCGCAAGAACCGCAGCAAAGCCGAACCGUCAUCGUUCGAACAAUCGAAGGUGCACAAAGCUGACAAGGAGCAACCGAUCGGGUCCAAAAAACGCAAAAACAAAUCCAGCAUCACGCACCUGAACAACGUCGACUGUAAGUCGCAUAACGACUUGUCGGGGCUGGCCACCCUCGCCGAAGUGGCUGCCAUCACCGAGAAAAUGUAACGGGAAAUCUCAGUUUAGUAUUACAGGUAAGACGAUGUAAAGUUGUGCGAACGCAAAGAUUUAUCCAGAGAUUUAUUUACAAUAUUAUGCAGCUUUAAAGUGUCUUUUUAUGGUUUUCCUAAUCUUUUUAUUUUUUAAAUGGCCUAGGUAUGCUUUUUAUUAACUUAUACAAUGAAACUAUACAUUUAUUUUUUUAUACAAUAUGAUAUUAUGUGUACUCAUCACUUAACGAAAAUUUGGUAAAUGUUUGCGUUCCUAGACUGUACUCUACUCAUAACCACCGUUGCAAUGUCAAAAUAGUCAAUUAUUUUUGUUCAAACAAUGAACACGGGUUAUGCAUGUGAUUUUCAUCGGUGGUUAUUAAAAUUAUCAAGUGGUUACUACAAUAAUAAAAAUAGUUUAAGAAAUAUUAUAUUUAUUUUCACAGCAGAGAGUAUUUAUGCACUUAAAUCUAACAUGUUAACUGAUGUAGUGCCGACUUGAUAACACGUUUUAGUAUGUCUGAUAUUCCAUUAAUGACAAUUUAUCAAUAUAAUUAAAAUGUAUGUGCCUGAUUAUAGUAACUUUAUAAUAUGAAACACCUAUACAUCAUAAUAUAUUUUGUUUGAAUAGAAACAUAUUGAGUGUUUCCAAUAAGGUGACUUAAAUAAUACACCAAAUAGAUUUAUCUUGUAUCCAUUAAUCAAAAAAAUAUAUUAUGUGAACUGAAUUUCUAAAAAUGUUAAAGCCUUAUCAGUCUAUUAAGUUUAUGUUAAUUUUUAUUUAUUUAAGAGAUAAACAUUGCAACGGUCUCUUUUAAAGAAUUCGUAUUGUAUUGACAAUAAAAGUGUCCCUACGUUGUUUUAUUUAAAUCCAAUGCAAUGAUUUGUCUCAGUUAUAUUUUAUUCUUGUGAUGACCCUUAAUAGUUGUAAUGUUUGUUUGUGUAUAUUGUCGUUAUGUUUGUAUUUGUUAUGUUUUUAACUAUAUCUUUCUAAUCAUAAAAUAUACCAAAUAAAAAUUUAUUAUGUAAUAUUUAUAGUUGUAUUUUUAUAUAUAUAAAAUAUGUAUAUUUUAACUAUCUGUUAUAUGCAAUAAUUUUAGUGUUGUUUUACGAUCUGAUGUUGGUUUAAAAGGAACUCUCAAACUUCCACGAGGUUGAUCCAUUCCAAUUUUUAAUACAAACGUGUUUCCGUGUGAUUUUUUACUUUUAUAAAUUGUUGAAUACUCUUUUUACCGAUUAAAACGCUGCGUCUUUCGAAAAGAGAAAGAGAAAUGUCUCUAGAGCUUUAUUGGACCACUCUGUAUAAUUGGAAUGGGGAAAUCAUUUUAAUUAAUAAAUAUAUUCCAACUCGGUCACAUAUUUACUAAAAUUAUCAUGUAUGUUUAUGGUAAAUAUCUUUAAAGCUUUUGGUACUUUCUACAGCUGUACAGAUUUUAUGUUGUCAACAAAGUUUUAGAUGCGUGCAGAUUAAAUCUGCUCGCCGUAAAAUAGGUUUCAAAUUUUGCUUACCAUGGUUGAUACUAAUAUUAAUUUUAGGAUAUUUACUAAAGCGUAAACGUUUGCUUCAAUAUGUUUUGCAAGUUAUUCAGGUAAACACCAAAUUGUAGAAGUUAUCAGAUGAUUUGGUUCAACUUGUACUAAAUACUGAGACGAACGUUUCAAACCAAGCGACCAAAAAUAUAUUUCUAACAAUAUAAGCCUUAUAGAUGUAGACGUAUAAUAUAUUAAUAAAAUCCUUAUUACGUUAUGAAAUAAAUUUUAUAAAAUAUUUUAUUAAGACGUUAGGACUUGUGAUGAUAUAUUGUAAAGGUUUACAGAUUAUGAAUUUCAAAUUAAGUUCAAUAUUCAAAUAUAAAUGUUGCUGUCUUCCCACAAGAACAUAUUCGAGUAUUAUUAGUACUACAAUUCCUUUAUAACAACAUAAUUACAAAUAUUUUGGAUAAAACAGUCAUUGAACUUUGUUUGAACAGAAAAUUACAGGAAGGUGAUUAAUAGGAUUGUGAUAAUUUAUUUUUGUAAUGUGAAUGAUGAAUGGAUUUAUUUACACUGUAUAGAUUGUGCCUUUUUAUUUAUUUGUAAAAUGUUUUACACCCAAUUUAAACAUGUAUCAAUUUUUAAUAAUAAAAACUAUUCCUUAUACAAUU